AUGGCCACCCUUUUACGCAGCAAGCUGUCCAACGUGGCCACAACAGUGUCCAACAAGUCCCAGGCCAAGGUGAGCGGCAUGUUCGCCAGGAUGGGUUUUCAGGCGGCCACCGACGAGGAGGCGGUGGGUUUUGCUCACUGCGACGACCUCGACUUUGAGCACCGUCAGGGCCUGCAGAUGGACAUCCUGAAAACCGAGGGCGAGCCCUGCGGGGACGAGGGCGCCGAGCCGCCCGUCGAGGGAGACAUCCAUUACCAGCGCGGCGGAGGCGCGCCCCUGCCGCCCUCGGGCUCCAAGGACCAGGCUCUGGGGGCCGGUGGCGAGUUCGGGGGCCACGACAAACCCAAGAUCACGGCGUGGGAGGCGGGCUGGAACGUGACCAACGCUAUCCAGGGCAUGUUCGUGCUGGGCCUGCCCUACGCCAUCCUGCACGGCGGCUACCUAGGGUUGUUCCUCAUCAUCUUCGCCGCCGUGGUGUGCUGCUACACCGGCAAGAUCCUCAUCGCGUGCCUGUACGAGGAGAACGAGGACGGCGAGGUGGUGCGCGUGCGGGACUCGUACGUGGCCAUCGCCAACGCGUGCUGCGCGCCGCGCUUCCCGACGCUGGGAGGCCGCGUGGUGAACGUGGCGCAGAUCAUCGAGCUGGUGAUGACUUGCAUCCUGUACGUGGUGGUCAGCGGCAACCUCAUGUACAACAGCUUCCCGGGGCUGCCCGUGUCGCAGAAGUCCUGGGCCAUUAUCGCCACCGCCGUGCUGCUGCCCUGCGCCUUCCUUAAGAACCUCAAGGCGGUGUCCAAGUUCAGCCUGCUGUGCACUCUGGCCCACUUCGUCAUCAACAUCCUGGUCAUCGCCUACUGCCUGUCACGGGCACGCGACUGGGCCUGGGAGAAGGUCAAGUUCUACAUCGACGUCAAGAAGUUUCCCAUCUCCAUUGGCAUCAUCGUGUUCAGCUACACGUCCCAGAUCUUCCUGCCUUCGCUGGAGGGCAACAUGCAGCAGCCCAGCGAGUUCCACUGCAUGAUGAACUGGACUCACAUCGCCGCCUGCGUGCUCAAGGGCCUCUUCGCGCUGGUCGCCUACCUCACCUGGGCCGACGAGACCAAGGAGGUCAUCACGGAUAACCUGCCCGGUUCCAUCCGUGCCGUGGUCAACAUCUUCCUGGUGGCCAAGGCGCUGUUGUCUUACCCGCUGCCCUUCUUCGCUGCUGUGGAGGUGCUGGAGAAGUCGCUCUUCCAGGAAGGCAGCCGCGCCUUCUUCCCGGCCUGCUACGGCGGCGACGGGCGCCUCAAAUCGUGGGGGCUGACGCUGCGCUGUGCGCUGGUCGUCUUCACGCUGCUCAUGGCCAUCUACGUGCCGCACUUCGCGCUGCUCAUGGGCCUCACCGGCAGUCUCACGGGCGCCGGCCUCUGCUUCCUGCUGCCCAGCCUCUUCCACCUGCGCCUGCUCUGGCGCAAGCUGCUGUGGCACCAAGUCUUCUUCGAUGUCGCCAUCUUCGUCAUCGGUGGCAUCUGCAGUGUGUCCGGCUUCGUGCACUCGCUUGAGGGCCUCAUCGAGGCCUACCGAACCAACGCGGAGGACUAG